AGAGAAAUAUUAAAAAAUGCAAAGAGGAGUCCACGUUCUAAUCUUCAAAUUUUCUUUAUAGUGCUUGAAUUUUCUUGUAGUUCUUCUAUCUUCAUAUUACCCUGAAAAUAACAGACAGUUUUAGAGACAGUGAGAUAGAGAGAAUGGAAAACCUCGAUAGUUUGAAUUCGAUUCUACCAUUUUUACCAGUAGUAUCAUCAUCAUCAUCAUCAUCAUCUUAUGAUAUUUCAUGGCCGAAUCAAAUCAUUGAAGCAUUAGAAUCUCUGAGUGAAGGUCCUGAUCAUAGUGGAGUUGACUCUGGCGAAUUUUUGUUUCAUACAAUUUCAAAUCUCAGAAAGUAUCUUGAUUACCCUUCUUCUGAGCUCUCUCAUGGUACUGAAGAAGGUUACACUGUUUUCUUCAACGAGUUGAUGUCUCCUGUUGAAUCGAGGAAAUGGUUUGGAGAGACUGUACCAGCGUUAGCAACUUUGUUAUUAAAGCUACCAUCUCUAUUGGAAGAUCAUUAUAGAGAUGCAGAUGAAAUUCAUCGUGGAGAGAAAGUAGGUUAUCCUAAAAUCAGAACUGGACUUCGUAUGUUGAGUCCGCAGGAAUCGGGAAAGGUGUUUCUCAGCCAGGAAUUGAUUGGUGCUCUUCUUGCUUGCUCUUUCUUUUGCUUGUUUCCGACCGUUGAUAGGCGUGCCAAACUUCUUCGAAGGAUCAAUUUUGAUUUUUUGUUUGCAAACCUUCAUCCCAGCUACAAGCAGCACAUAGAACAUAAAAUAAGGUGUCUGGUACACUACUUUGAAAGAAUAUCAGAAUGCAUGCCAAUAAACUGCGUCUCAUUUGAUCGAAAGGUUAUUCCUAUGGCUGUAGAAGGUAGUUCGCUUGGUGUAUCAUAUCCUGAAGCUGAGUUUUGGAGCAAAUCUACCACUUCACUCUGUCAAUUUGAGGUUUUUCUGUCUGGCUUAAUAGAGGAGCAGACACGUGAAGCUCUUGAAGUGGACUUCGCCAACAAGUUUAUUGGUGGUGGUGUGAUGGGUAGAGGCUGCGUACAGGAAGAGAUCCGUUUCAUAAUUGAUCCAGAGUUAAUUAUUGGCAUACUCUUCUUGCCUUGUAUGGAUGCCAACGAAGCUAUUGAAAUUGUGGGCGCGGAGAGAUUUUCAAAUUACACAGGAUACGGCAACGCAUUCCUUUUUUCGGGUGAAUAUUCAGAUAAUAAGUUAACAGAUUUCAUGGGAAGACGCAAAACCAGGAUAAUUGCAAUUGACGCAGCUCCAAGACUAGGAAUAAAACAAUUUAGGCUCGAAAACCUUGUUCGGGAGGUAAAUAAGGCGUGGUGCGGAUUUUUUGAUCAUGAUGAACAUGGUCAUGUCAAAGAUGAUAUUGGAAUAGCAACAGGGAAUUGGGGAUGUGGUGCUUUUGCAGGAGAUCCUGAACUUAAGGCUAUGCUUCAGUGGCUUGCUGCUUCUCAGGCCUUAAGACCUUUUAUUUCGUACUACACAUUUGGGCAUGAAGCUCUGCAGAAUUUAGAGCUGGUGUCUUGUUUGAUUCAGUCGUACGGAUGGACAGUCGGAGAUCUUUGGGAUAUCUUGGCGGAGUACUCAUCUCAGAGAGUAAACGGUAAAACCCGUCUCGGGUUUUUUAGUUGGCUCCUUCCAUCUUUGGCGCCACCUCAUAUGACAAAAAAGGAGAAAUGGAAAAAGAAGAAGAAAGAAAAACGUUAGAUGUUUCUGCACUUGUGUAUAUAUUUGGCAUUACUUGAGGUGCGCCGAAGAGUGAUUAAUUGUUAUACAAGCAUUUCUCACAUGCUUAGAACUUUGAUCUAGAACUGGAACAUGAUAACAAAAUCAUUUUAAGAUGUGAGAUAAGUUGGAGGGAAAUCUUCAAAUUUCCAACUGUUUUACGAGUCAUUGUCUUAUAUUGUAUUUGUGUGUCACAUACUGAAACAUGGUUUGUGCACCCUACAAGUGUCAGUUCCCUCUGAAUAAAUUACUCUUUCCUGUUUGAUUUCAA